ACCAUUUGAAUUGUCAUCUCAUUUAGAAAUAAAUCGAAUGGGACGAUAGCAUCAUUUACACAUUCAUUAAUGCUUUACAGAUUGCAGAUAUUGAUGCAAAUUUCGCCAGCAAGCUUCACAAAUACACCGAGCGGACUCGACCACGGUUAUUAAGGUUGGAGGUGGAGCUUGAGGCAGUCCUGCUUAGCUUUCGCUGCUCUGUGUGCUUGCCUUCGCCCGCAAAGAUCGCCUGAUAUGGGGAGAAAUGAGUGAACAAGGCCCCCGUUGAGGAAGUGAGAUGAUAACGUUGCGGCGCCUCGACUACAACAUUUGUCUUGUUUCGUGCUUCCCAGGACUGCCAUGCCGCUACAGCGAGUAUUCGCCCUGCCGAGACAACAGUCUCUGCUCCUGCCUGCGGUCAUCAACCCGUUUGUUCAAGACACAAAACUAACCAAAGCUGCUGUUAUUAAAUGUGUCCUCAUGGGAAUCUUCCUGGUCCCUCUUCGCGCCAUCCUUAUAUCCCUGGUUCUCAUGGUGACAUGGCCUGUAGCUGUCAUAAUAACCUUCAAGCAUCCUCUGAAAGGAGCUGUUGAGCCAAUGACAGGCUGGAGACGGUUUAUGUGUCAGAGGGUGAUGGCUGCCUUGGGGAGGACCUACUACUUCUGCAUGGGCUUCAGAGUGGUGAUCAAGGGCAAACAAGUCAGCAGCAGUGAGGCUCCCAUCCUCGCUGUGGCCCCCCACUCCACCUUUUUUGAUGGGAUUGUGUGCAUUGUAGCAGGCCUUCCCUCCACUGUCUCCCGCGUCGAGAACCUGGCUACACCCAUCUUUGGCAGGUUUGUGCGCUGUCUGCAGCCAGUGCUGGUGUCCAGAAAGGACCCAGACUCCAGGAAGAAUACAAUCCAAGAGAUUGACAGCAGAGCCAAGUCAGGAGGCCACUGGCCACAGGUUCUGAUAUUUCCAGAGGGAACGUGUACAAAUCGCUCAUGUCUUAUCACUUUCAAACAAGGUGCCUUCAUCCCAGGGGUUCCUGUGCAGCCUGUAAUAAUGAGAUAUCCCAACAAACUGGAUACUGUGACUUGGACUUGGCAAGGUUACAGCUCGAAGACACUGCUGCUUCUCACUCUCUGCCAGCUGUACACCACAGUAGAGAUAGAGUUCCUGCCACCUCAUACACCCACAGAGGAGGAGAAGAAAAGUCCGGCUCUGCUUGCGAGCAGAGUGAGAGACAUUAUGGCCCAGGCGUUGGGUGUUCCAGUCACAGACCACACCUAUGAAGACUGCCGUCUGAUGAUCUCAGCCGGGGAGCUAACACUGCCCAUGGAGGCCGGCCUGGUUGAGUUUACCAAAAUAAGUCGAAAACUGAAUCUGAAGUGGGACAAUGUCAGGAAGGAACUGGAGGGCUUUGCAUCCAUGGCCGGCUCCUGUAAGGGAGGACGUAUCACCAUUGAGGAGUUUGCCGGAUUCCUGAAGCUCCCUGUCAGCCCACCCCUUAAGGAGCUGUUUGCACUCUUUGACAGGAAUGGAGAUGGCACCAUAGAUUUCAGAGAGUAUGUUAUCGGAGUGACCAUCUUGUGUCGGCCAGCAAACACUGAAGAUGUUCUUCGGAUGGCGUUCCAGCUGUUUGACACAGAUGAGGAUGAGAAAAUCACCCGAGAGGAGUUUACGGCUCUGCUGCGCUCCGCUCUGGGUGUGUCAGAUCUAAACAUGGCCAAGCUCUUCAAGGAAAUUGAUGCUGACGGCUCUGGUUUCAUCACCUUCACUGAAUUUCAAGCCUUUGCUACGACCCACCCAGAGUAUGCCAAGCUCUUCACCACCUACCUGGAGCUUCAGAGAUACCAAGCGAUCAAGGAGGCAAGUCCAGGGGAUCUGGAAUUGUCUGGUUGGACCAGCUCAGGGGAUAAACAGGAAGAAAGCACUUCUGACAAGAAAGAUGACUGAAGACAACGGUGAACUCUGCUCGACUGCACUGAAAGACAGAAUACUGUAUACACUGGAUCGAGACGGAGGAUGUAAGAGUGCCAUCUGCCCUCCAACGACUUCUAGCAAAUUCAAGUCAUUUACCACAGCAGAGCCAUAUUAUACAUCAUGUGCUUGCCUUUUUAUACAGAUUUUAGAGUGCUUCUAUUUUCAAUUUUAGUGCCUUAUAGAGAUUUUAAAAAAACAAGUUCCCCUUGCCACUGCACAAGAAAUGUCUUAUUGCAGACCUUUUCAUCUGUAAAGUUUUGCAUGUGUGUGUUUUUGUCACAUGUUCAUCAGAAAAAGCAAAUGAAAAGUUAGUUGUAGGAUAAAAAAUAUGCAAAAAAAACCUUUGUCAGUGUUUUAAUUAACUUUCUAAACCCUGCAAGACUUUAUGUCCUUGUGUCAGUGAUAGUGUUUUAUGAUAUAUUUGAUUUUUUUCCCAGAGCCUCACCAUGUUUUUGACCCGGAUACAUUAUUCUCUGUAGCCUGAUUUUACCCUAGCUCAGACUUAGAUGAACAUGGCUACAUCUACAUCCCUUUUUUGUUUUUGUGGUUUUCUUUAAGUUAGUGGAAAAAAUUGCCAAACCAACACCUUUUAAAAUAUAAGCAAAGAGCCCUUGUGCUUCCGUGUUGCCGUAUAAUUAGUGUAAAGUAAGCUUUAUUAAGAUCUAUCCAAUCUGGCAACCCACCGAUGUUCUGUAUUAAAGCUAUGUCUACGAAGAGCAUACAUGCUGUGUAUUACACUUUUUUCCAGUGCUCAGGGACACAGACCUUGUAAGACGGCUGUAUAAUUAGCCAGAGGUUUGCUUUGCAUGUGUAUCUAUUUGCAUUUCUACUGAAGAUUUUUGUUGCUGAGACAGCAGAGCGUCUACACAGCUUUAAGUUUACUAAAGCAAAUCAACCACUGAAAAUAGGGCAAUUUGUGAGCAAAAAGGCAACAGUGGUUCUUCACAACAGCAUAUUCCAGCGGGGUAUGCUUUCAGAUUAACUAGCGGCACUGUUAUUUAUUUAGUAGGGUGCAUUACAAUUAUGUGAUUUUUUUUUCUUUUUUUUUGUUAACACUGCAAAGUUUGCUUUUUAAAAUAAAACAAGAAUACAAUUUUAACUAAUGCCUAACUUGUGUUUUUAUAUUAACCACUGAGGAAACUUGUUAUGACUUCUGUAGACUUUGUUUAUAAUGAGGUAUAAAUGCAAUAAAGGGCCACUGCUGUACCUCUCAUUCUCUGAGCCACCACCAGGUGCCAGCAGUUACCUGUUACAGUUCUAUUGUAAUUUGUGUGUGUGGUUGUUUUUUUGUUUGUUUGUUUGUUCUUAUGUAUGCUUGUGAGUACCAGUUCACAUUUUAGACAUCUUGGCCUGUCCUUCGUUAAAUUGUGGUUAGGGUGAAACAACAAUGAAGUCUAAGGUAGUGAGGUUUAAGGUCUGGCUUGCAUUGUUAAGGGCUGGGGUUGGAGAAUGUGUGUAUAUAUAUACUGUAUAUAAUAUAUAACCCUGGAGAGCAAUGAUGUUUUUAACGGCAACAACCACAUAGGCAGCCAUUCUGUAUACAGUGAGGUUUUUUCUGGUUAAACAUGUCUCCAAACAUGAAACUGCUAACUAAAGCAUUACUGGUGCAAAGCAAAUAUUUUAAGUUGCUGCAAAUGUUACAUUUAAUCAUGACUGAACUCAUGAUAGGACACACAGUAAGAUAUGAUAUGGAUGAUCUCUGUUAUCAUCUUUAUAGUCUCAUACCAGCAGAAAAUCUUAAACAUAAACAUUUGAAGAAAUCUAUCAUUUGGUGUUCAAAGUACGGACAGCCUUAGCAAUAUCUUAAAGAAAAUAAUUGUGUUAUCAUGAAUGAUGUGCUAUAAGUGCUCGAUCUGUCAGCAUUGCAGUGAACAUUGUGUGUGUUUUAUUCUCUCAUCUGGCCUGUGUGUGACCCAACCUGUUUUAACUGUGAGGUGGAAAUAAUGAACUGAUACAGUGCUUGUGCGUUCACGUAACAUUUUAUCAUUCAUGUGAAUGUUUGUUUUUAUUGUCAGAUCGAGUAGGUUCUCCAUCUAUUCUGUCAAGACAAUUUCUGAUACUAUAAUAGGGAAUUUGUGUAAAUCUGUACAUUUACAUCCAAUAAACCUUUUAUGAGAUA